GCGGCGGGCGGGCGGCAGCGGCCCCGGUCCCCGCGGCCCCGGCCCCGGCGGCGUCCCCGCGCCUCCCUGCCGCCUUGGUAGCGCCGGUCCGCACUCGGCCUGACCCGGGACGUCACGGCGCCUGCCUGUGUUCCCAAUGAUAACUUGGCAGGAGCAGGGGGAAGCGGCCGGGUUUUUCCUGGGCUCGUUACCGGGGUGACAUUCAGUGCCGGGCGAGCCUCGCCGGUCACCGCCACGUCCCACCUGGAAAAAACACAAACAAAACCACCAAAAGAAAAACACAAACAAAAAAACCCAACCUAACAAGAACAACAGCAACCAAAAAAAAAAAAAAAAAAAAAAAAAAAAAGGCGACUGCCGAAAAGGGGGGAUGGGGAGAGAGGAGGUGCCGGCCGCCCACGGCUGGGAUGCGGGCGGCGGACGGGACACUUCGCCCAGGGGACGCGGGGACACUCGCGCUGCCGGCCGCCAGCAGGCCAUGUGCCGAGCGGGCGGCGGGGGCGGGGAACGGGCACCGCACACACACACACACACAAAAAAUCAGUGAAUUUAAAAAAAAAAAACGAAAAGCACCCGGAAUGCCAGAGGAGGCCGGGCGAGCAGCGAGGAUGCCGCACCGCUGCUGCCGUGCAGGCCCGGCGCCGCGCCCCCCCAAUCCCCUGCAAGGCUCUGCAGGGGAAGGCGGGGGAGCCCCCGGCGCACAGCGCCCCACGGCCCCUCCGGAGCCGGGGUGCCCGGCGGGGCUGCGGGCCGGGCAGCCCGGGCCGCACUGGGGCACCUGGCUCGCAAUGGCGUCGCCGCCGAGGAGAGCCAAGGACUGGCGCAGAGCUCGGCGCGGCUCGGUGAGGGGAGCCGGGGCCAUCGCUCCCCUCCUCUGCUGCUGGGGCAGCCGAGCAGCUGCUCCCGAAAGCAGGAGGGUGCGCGUUGGGGCAGAGCGAGCCGGGGCCUGCGGCAGCCCCGGGGCCGCUGUGAGCGCCGAGCAGGCUGGCAGCGCUAUGCCCGGCCAUGGCAGCAGCCACACGCAUCCGCUGCCCUGGGUUCGUGUGCUUCGCAAAGCCGGAUCCUGCACAUCUUGAACGCUCCCACUAAAUUCCGAGGGCAUUUUCAUGUGUGAGACUUAACUCGCCUGCAGAAGUAUUCCCAGAACUAGGCCUCGCUUAAACUACCCAUGGCAGCCUGAGUUUAAGUGCCUCCUCAUCUAAAAACCAAUCUACACAUUGCAUCCCAAAGUGCUGCAGCACCACACCACCUACUCUGUGACCGCAGAGCGUCCCAGCAGAGCCCUGAGACAAGUUUCCCUCUUCUGUGUUGGUUUUCACACCAUCUAUUAUAAUAACAGCAAGUUACAACAUCACCAAUGCACAGGUAACUAGCGCAGCAGAAUCCAUGAAGGGAUGCGUGUAACAGAGCUGAAACAAUUUUUUUUUUUUUUGCAACUGCCUCUGUUCAGCCUUAAUAUUAGCAUUAAUACUUUCAGUUUCCUCAUUUAAAUACAAUAAAAGGGAAAAUUGCCUUUGCUUAAUAUUGUUACUACUCAGGUCUUGCAAUUCCAGUUUUUAUAUGACGAUAAAGUCAGGGAGUAGUUAGUGUACACCUUUUCUGUUGCUGGUCUCAGUGCCUUCAGCAGCAGCUAUGGUGGGAUCACUUACUGCAGCUGGGAAAAGAAUUGGGGAAGAAAGAAAUAAUUCUUGGAAUAUUGUACAGUCCAAGCGUCAUUUCAGAAGCCUGAAAUUGAAAGCACUGGGUUGUGGGUUUUUUUCUUUUUAGACCCAGGCUACUCAGGAUGCUUUCUGGCUUGGCUAGAAAGACAAGUUUACUAUACGUUUCUGUUCUGGAAUCAUUUUGAACUGCUUUUAGUCUAAAUUCUUACCUGUCUUUACUGUCUCAGCAGAGUACAUUACUGAUAUAUGUUUUUGGUAGACUUGAAAAGCAACGUGUACAGCUUGAUUGUUGUCGUUGUCUGUAUUUCACCAUUCAUUUUUAAGUGAGCCUCUUUUGAUUGAUGUGAGGAAUUUGUUUGAAAGGAUGAAGGGUAUGGCAUAGCUACCCAUGAUGCUACUUAAAAUUGCACCAUAGCUCAGCUAAGAGAUUUUUCAUUGUGAUUGUCACACUUUUAAAAGCGCGUGAGUUAAUCAAAUUUCUAUUUUUAGAAUGCACUUAAAGGAAUAUUAAAAUGCAUUAAUUUCAUUAAAAUAAAUGAGCAGAUAGGUAACAAAAUAAGUGUCAGCCAAAUAAGCAAGAUCUCAACUAUGAAGCCAAAUCCAGCCCUAGUGAAAUCAUCUGAGUUGUGCUUGUCUAUAGCACAUAUAAUUUGGCUUCUGCAGUCACACAGCUGACGCUUUAUUUGGUUUUCAGGGGUGUGUAUAUUAAAAAUGUGCGAGCCACGCUGCUUCUUCAGCAUGAUUAACCACUGAAGUGAAAUUCACCCGGUUCCCUUUUAGCUCUGCUGUGCAAUCCUAUCACACGUGCACUUUUUGGUGUGCAUACACACCUGAGAUGCAGAGAGGCAUUCCCAGCCCCUGUGUCAGUCUAAGGGAUGUGAGCUGAGUCUGAAGUGAGGGUGUGCUAAGUUGGAUUUCAGCAGAGGCUGUUCACAGCAUAUAUAUGCUCCAGUUAAUAGGCUGCACUGGAGUCUGUGCCACCAUCUUUCAUUACUGCUGUUACUCAUGCCAGUGAGAGUAAAGGAAGGGUUGGUGUGUCUGUAAUCACAUAUUAAUUUGCUAUGUAGAUAUAUCCUAAGAACCUCUCAGCCCAGGAAAAUUAUACUGGAAUAAGGUUGGAUGUGAAUGUAAAGCAGAACUGUGUUCAGAUAGUUUAUUCAUUCUGGAAUGACUGAGUUGUUUCCUGGUUUCACUUAAUUCACUUUCAAAGUGGAUUAAGGUAAUUCAAGAAACUGAAUUCUUACACUGGCAUAAAAGUUGUCUACGCAUGGGUUAAGUCGAACACAAUUACUGCAGUGUACCUCAUAAGUGUCUUGAAAUAUCUUGGUGUGUAGACAAAUCCAGAGUCCCACAGGUGAAAACAACAGAAUUUAGCCAUUUUGUAUAACAUGAGGUUAAUUUAGCCCAACAUUUGACCUACUUCUUUUCUUAUGAAGCAUAUUUAAUUCAUUACAGGUUUUUCUUCCUCAGUGAAAUCCCCACAACAGAAAUAUAUUUAUGAUCAGUUUCAAGAUAGCAAUGUGAUGUGCACUCCACUAAAAAUAAACAAUUUAACCAGUAUAUUCUCUAAAUACCUUCUCAACUGCCCUAAAGUGGAGAAAAGGUUCUUUACUGGAAGAAAUACCAGCUUCUCAAUCAUAAAUAUUUUGAGUGGGUUGUUCUAAACAAAAGGUAAACAAACCCCAAAGCUCUGCUCUGCCCUCUGAGACACCCAUGAUCCAUUUGACUGCAUUCCAUUCAUAGCAAUAGCAUCCAGUCUGACUCAGCAAUAUUAGUUCCUGAAUGAGGAACCUCACAGACUCACACAGAAGGGUUUGCAGAAUAAGAAGGCCUUCAGGAGACACGUUAAGAAUAGAGAGCUAAUUUAUAGUUUGCUUACAGAGGCCUGAAUCAGGGAGAAACUACCUGAAACCCAGGCAGCCUCUGCUUCUGCUCUGAAUCAGGUGUAUUGCAUCACUGGCAAUACAGGAAAGUGACUGAACUGAUAAUGAGAACAUAUAAGAUGUUUUGUGACCUUGUGCCAAGCACAAAGUUUGUCAAAUGUCAUUCAGUGUCAUUCCAUGCCACAUGCAUCCACGGAAAAGAGGUGACUCUCUAAUGUGAAUGAAGCCUCCUAAACUUUGAGACUGUUUGUUGGUUUGCUUUUGUCGAAGGAGAUGGCAGGGGAGAGGGGAUUGAACCAAACAAAAACUAGAAGACGUAGAAAUUAUGUAAACUCAGGUAGUAAACAAGCCAGUUUUUUGAAAGAAGUAUAAAUAUAAAAGCCAAAUGAUACAAAUUGCUGACCCUUUAAACAUUGACAUAGGAAAAGCCAUUAAAUGCUGUGAAGAUAAAACACUCCAACUUCUACUUCGUGUCAAAGACUGCAACGUGUCACACAUUACAGAGGGUGACCUAGAGUCUUCCCUUACACAGAUAAAGUAGUCCCAGCUAUUCUGCGUAACAGGCAAGGAUGCCCACAGGAUUCUCAUUUGGUGAUUACAAGCAUGGCUUUGCCCUCCUGUCCUUGUCUUGGUUAAGGAUAUAGGGAAUGGAUUUCACCUACAACUCCCUCAUGCCAAACUUGUUUAUUUAAUUAAGAAUAAUUCCUGUAACAAAAUAAGCAUUGAUUGAAGAAGGUAAACAUGGAGAAAGAUAAACAAGAAAUCAAGUACUUAAAUUUUGUGUUGCUGAAUGACUUUUACCAUGGUCUUGAUAUUAAGGCUCAUAUUAAUCCUGGUAUUAAACUCAGAUUGAAGGCAAUGAGAGUUUUAUAGGAGCAUGCCUGAUCUGAAAUCCUACUUGAAUAAAAGAAGGAAUUGGAUUAUUGUACACUCUGCUUCCGCUGAGGGACCUCUGAGUGUUGGAUCCACCUGCAGUGCUGGGGUAUCCUGGCUCUCCCCCACUCCUGUCAUUACAGGGGCAUUACACAUGCAGAGAGGAAGGUGUCCUAAAGCCCCAAGACGAUUGGCAGAGCACAUGCAAGAGGAAAUCUCAGCGCGCAGCCGAUGCCAGGCAAUGAAGGAUCCUCCGUGGGAGUUGGUUAGUAGUGCCAAUGUUUGAUAUUUGUCGUAACAACCACCGACUGUUUUGGUUUUUGUUCUAACAAUGUGAAUUAUGCAUUAAACAUUAAUACAAGUGAGUGUACUUUCUUUUGAUCUUCAAGCAUAAUCAUUUCUAAUGAGAGCUUAUACAUGAGCAUUGAAACAAAUCCCUGAGUCAUGUGAAUUUACAUUGGUUGUACUCUGUGGGAAAGAUCCCACAUGAGUUACUCAUGUCUGUAAAACAUAACAUACUUAGAAGAAAAAAAUGAGCUUGCAUUUGUCUGUUGGAACAUAAAUAUCUGCGUAGACAUUUGGCUUGUGCCAAAGUCAGUAAUGAAACAUUAAAUGAAACAUUAAAAAGUUAAUUUAUCAGAGAUCAGGAUUCAGGGUGGGGCCCUCAAUUAAUGUGAGAUCCAAGUCUCAGAAUAAGGUCACCUCUUAGUUUCUCCCAUCUGGCUUCUUGCAAGAGUUGAGUCUAGUAUCAGAGGAAUUUGAACUAGCUCUAAGUAAAGGGAAUAGAAUUUGGCUUGCUUGACAGUGAUAAAAGUUGCCAAACUUUUGGUGACUUGCCAUCACCAAGUUAUAAUAUGCCAAUCCAUGGCAGGCAAACUGUGCAGUGCUAAGUGGCACCUCUCCAAAUGCCCUUGACAGCCAGUGUGGGCCAGACCCACUGUAGAACCUGCUUAGCCAUGUUUAAUAUCUGCACUUCUUAAAACAACAGUCACAAAUGGUGCAUUCCAUAAAAACAUAAACACUGGAUUGUGCAACUGCCAAGACAGUUAUUUAAAAUGCAAACAGAAUUUAGGCCCUUUCCCCUUUGACACACUGCACAAAUAUUAACCCAACAAGCAAUUAACAGUCUGCACUAAAGCAGCCAUGCUGCAUGUGCAAGGGACAGGCUGCACACUGGGGAAAGUACAGGCGCAAAAACAGCACAUGAUGGGUUCUGUUCCUGGGGGUGCAGGUACUCACUACCAGAUCUCCAGAAUGCCUUUUGCCUUUCCAAACAGACCUCAAUGCCAAAGGUUGCAGGAGGUGGCUGUCAGCAAGGUAUUAUGUUAAAUGGCAGAUAGGUUCUGUCUAUGAUUAAGGUCAUAUCUCAGGAAUUCUCAAAAGCCCAUUAAUGUAUUUUAUUCUUAAUGUGGAAGUGCUAAAGGAGUCCUGGAAGCCAGAAAUCCAGGAUUACCCCACAUAAUUCAAUGUUUUCACAGGAGGCUACAGUCAUGCUCUCUGCUGCUACCCUUCUCUUGUCUGAAUGAACUUAAAUGCUGAUGGUACAUCUUCAAAAGGAGAGUGAAAGCAGGCUAUGCACAGAAUAGUUUAUAGACUGGAAGAAGAGCAAACACAAAACGCUUCAUCCCUGAACUUGAAUUCUCCAAAUGCUCUGUUUUGUAUAAUGACAGAGGAGCUGAUACUAUUGCAGUAGAGAAGAGAGCAUCCAAGACACUCCAUUAUGGAACCCCACCACUGUUUGUAUUAAUUAUCUUCCCUGAGUUUGCACAACUUCACUUGGCAUGUUAAGUUAAAAGAUGGAUGGGUCAGUAUUGGGUAGAAGGACCUCAACUCCAUCUAGAUGCUGCUUGAAGCCCAUUGACAUUAUCCAGCUUUAAGAGUUCAGUGAGUCUUCUGACUUUUCAGAAUGCGUCAGUACAUCCCCAGGCACACACAAAAAGCUGUGCUUGCAAAGAUGGGAUAGAUACAGGUAGAAAAUGGUGUACAAAAGCAUGUAGGGAGGCCUCUCUAAGCAUCAGCCAGGGUGACAAAGCAUGCUGGCCCAUGGGUUCCUAGGCUGUAUUCACAGCCCUGGAAUGCCUGCUGGAAACACUCCCCUGUAAUUUAGCUCAUUUAGUGUGCAUUAAGGAUGCUCAUUUCUAGACCCCUAAGUGAAAUGUGAUACUGAACUCAUUCUUCCUCUUGCGACAGCAGGCCUCAGCAGAUGGCCAAGAGGUGGAUGGGAAGGAGAGAACACCAGUUUUAAUCCAGUUGUUCAUGAUGGAAAACUAUGAGAAAAGUGAAAAGAUCUUAUUCUGCAGACCAAGGCAUUUACUUAUAUUUAACUGCCUAAACUCAGUCAGAGCCCUGAAUUCCAUUACUCUGUGUGAAUGGUAUGGUAUGGUAAAGUCUUAUUUGGUAAUUACCUGGUCAGAGCCACAGACUAGAAACAAGAUAUGCAGCCAGUGAAAGCCCAGUGGAGUCAUACCAGUUUAUACUAGCUGAGAGUCCAAUUUCAAAUUAAAAAUUUGAGAAGUUGCAUUUUUCCAUGUCAUUUUGGUCAUAUUACACAGGGGGGAAAAAUGUAUGAGAAAAUAAAAAUAAAGUUGUAGCUAUAUAUAUAACCAAGACAGAAGCAGAACCAAUGUGAAAUCUUUAGCAAUUAAAUUCUACAUCCAAAUUAUUAGGUAUUUCAGUGUUGGUGCCAUUUGGAUUACUGCUUAACUUUAGGGCAGCAAGGUAAGCUCAUUUUCUUGCCUCUUUUCAGCCACCAUUAGGGCUGCAACCUUCCCAUCCUCCAGGGAGAGGGAGAGAAGUUACACAAUGGGUGUUUUUCCAUGGGCGGAUGUCUAAAUGUGAAGGGAAACAAUUGAAUUUUAAUGACAAUUUUGAGACUCUUGAAGUUAAUUUCUGGGCAGUGCAGAAAUUAGUGGGGCUUGCUGCUGCCAAGAGCUGCAUGUUCUUCUUCUGAUGUUAGCAGGAUUACAGGUCUCAGCUUUUGGCAGAAAUAACUCCCAAAAUAUUGGAUCCUUCUCUCUUGCCUUCUCUCAAAAGGAAGAGCAAGAGACCUGCUGCUGUCAGAUCCAACCAAGUGUCAGUGCAGAGCAAUGGCUGCAGAAAAACAUGGUAACUGCAUCAGAGUUACACUACCAGAGAUGUGUUCUCAUUAGGUAUUUACAGCAUUAUCUGAGGUGGAAUGGUAAAUUUGUUAGGUGCUGCACGAAAUAUUUAACCGGAAAAAGUUCCUGCAUCCAAAAGCACUACAAAAAUGAUUGAGGAAGGAGAGUGGCAAACAAUGGGAUAUCCUGGGGAAAAAAAGUACACCAGUGAUUACAGCAAAGGCAGACAGCUAUGAAGGCUUUUCCUACACACAGGGUAACAAUAAUUCUGCCAAGAAGGCAGGUUAUUUCCUUUUUAGCUCUGCUAUUUCCACUGCAUUACUGAAUCAUGGUUUGUUAAUAGCUUACAAACAUUAAAUUUAAAAAGCUUUAGGAACUUUGUAAUACCUGAGACAGUACAUUCCAAUUUAUCAAUUUCUAUAAAAAUACAUAAUCCAGUAGAUUUUGGGGUUGUGGUUUUCAGGGUGGGGUCUUUUAAUGCCUUUAAUAAAGAAAGAAUAAUUUUGGUCUUGUUAUCUUCUUAGAAGAUUCAGAAAGGAAUAUAAUGGGUAGUCCCAAAAUCUGUAUGUAUCUAAUUGUUGGUAGCAAAGUGGAAAAUAAAAGAUGCUUCAAAAUAGUGCCAGUCAUUUAAUCUACUCUGUAGUUGGAUGAUAGAGUGUCAAGCAUUUUCAUCAAAACCACGAGACUCACUACAGAUGACUGUCUUUUCAAUUUUGGGCUAUGCAAUUAUAGCCCCAAACAGGUCAUGGAAGGGUUCAGCCUUCCCCAUGUUACCCCUCUGGUCAGAUGGCAGCUCCAGCCAAAAGGAAAGAAGAAAAGAGGACAGCCGUAGCCACCUGGCACUGCCUUUUUGCACGGCAAAAAGCAGGCAGGGGAGGAGGGACCUGGUACCCAGCCAGGUGUGGCAGCACUUAGAAGCCAGGCUGCCAAGCUGGAGCUCGUCCUCUGAAUCGGAUUCUGCACGGGGAGGCACAGAGAAGGUAACAUUGGGGAACUGCUUCCCUUUCAAAGAGCUCUGCGUCCCCAUUUACCCUCUACCACGAGAUGGCCAAAUGUGCCUCUUAUUUGGCAGAAAAUGUUCAGCCUGGUAUUGGGUAUGUUACUGUGUCCACCAGCCCACUACACGGUGUACAUAAAAUAUCAUUCAGUUACAGGAGAAUUAAAAGAAGGAUUAGGCUCACAUUACUGACUGAUACCAAACCAUUUUUUCCUAAUACUGUUUUUUAUAUACUGUACCCAGAGUUUAGCUGUGUCCAUGAUUUCCUUCUACUCCUUAUUUCUCCAAAGGUGAUUUUAUUUAGAUCAAAUUUGUGUACUGUACUGCUGGAUACUAUGGUACAGUUCAUUGCUCUAGAACAAUUUCACUGGUUUAGAAAUGCCACCAUAAUGUUUUGCCACUAGACUUCUGCUGAGAAGUAGAGGCACUAGCUCACAAACACACCUUCCAAGUCCUUAUGGAGCCUUCCCAAGAACCUGUGAUGUGCUUAUCAGGCUUGCAUGCACAGGUAAGUCUCUGUGCCCCUGCUCUGAACCCUUGGGACAUGGGUGCUGAGUUAAGACUACAGAAAAAGGAAGAGCAUGGCCAUGAUCAACAGUCAAUCAUUUUAAUGGCUGUUAGUGUAAAAACAUAUUCCUAACCUUACUUACUACAGCCAGAUAUAGGGUAGGAGACAUGGUUUUGCAUGAACCCAUUUAUUUUUUCUUUUUAACUCUUUUGUAUGAGUGAUGAUUUUUGAGAGAUUGGUGUAGUAAUGUACAGUUGUUACAAGACUGCUGCUUCACAUUUCUACCUGUGCAGAUGGGAUAUCACAUUUCUGUCUAAGUUACAAUACCACUCGGAGUUAACAUCCAGAAACAGUUUCCUCUAUUCCAGCAGUAGUUGCCAUUUCUCGGAACAAUUCUUUAGGUACAAGUCUAAUAGAAAUGCCCCUUCACUGUUUUCCACUACAGCUCAGGUUUCCUGCUUCAGCUCUUAUGCUGCUGUGAACAUGUACAAAAUGGGAUGCUAGUUUUUGUCCCCCUGCCCUCAGUCCAAGAAGUGCUAUGCAACAGUAAUUCCAUCUGACUUCACAUAAUUCUGCUCUUGCACUUAGAAAUACAGGAGUUAACAGUCAAGAAGUACAAGUUUGGGUACUGGAAAGAUUAACAGAUCUUUCAAUCCUCAUGCAGGUGACCACAAGGUACAAGCUUUAUAGACAUUUGAUGAAUGAAGGGUUGCCACUAAAUGAAAGCAUGUCACAAAGCUCCAGAGGAAAUCAUUGCAACAAGGUUUUAGGAGUUUGUGAAGACACCGUGAAAUGAACACACUUUAUGAGGCUGCAGCUUGUGUGUAGAAAGUAUAUGCAACCUACUCUGUAUUCCUAAAAUGAUCACCAACAUAUCAUUGGGAACUUGGGCUUCUGAGAGUCAUUUCUCUCUCUGUGCCUCAGUUCCCUUAUAUGAAAGUCAGGAUUAUGUCUUUAGUGCCCCUUGGAUGAACAGAACAAGUUCACCUCUUAAAUGUCAAGUGUUACAAUCAAUCACAGGUUUACCAUGUCUUUUUAUGCCUAAUCAUUUAAAACUAUUAAUAUCAAAAUAAGCCACUCAAAAAUUAGUAAAGAUUGCAGAAGUCCUAGACUGUGGAACAUGAAUCUCAGUGAUUUCAACGUGAUGGAUGGAUGUGAUGCCAGCCUCAGACAUAAGAUUAGCUUCAAUGUGAUUUGAAAGAUCCCAGAACUCCAGUGACAAAUUAUUUGUUCCGCAUUUUCUUUUAGUUCAGGAAAGAUCUAUGCCAUUCCCAACACAGUGCCUAUUGUUCCCCUCCACUUUGAAUAUUUUCCUAUGAAUGCUGCUUGCUACCUAACAAACUAUCAAAAAAACUUCAGACACCAACAUUCAUUCUAUGGUUGGAUUUAUUGUGUUUUCCCUCUUAAAGAAUUUUUAUUUUGAAAUAUUGAUGAAAAAUUAUUUGCCAGGUAAUCAGUAAAGGAACUGAGAUAUAAUCCAGUCAUUACAGUCACUCUCACUUACACGGGUCUGCCAUCGGUGAUCCUUUCUUACAUAAAUGGAGUUAUGCAUAAGGAAGGUUAGAUGCUACAUUUUCAGGAAUUUCUUUCUUCUACCAAGACAGAUAAUGUUGGAUACAUAAAGUUCCUCUUUUAUGUGACACUUCCUUUAAAGCAAGUUUGUCCCCUUGAGUAAAUUUUUCCUUGGCUGUAAUGUGAUAUAUAUUCACAUACACGCACAUCUGUAUCUGCCAUAGAUGUCUACUUUGUAUAUCACACUUACUUCACUGAAAGAUGUUAUUACAGAUUGGGAAAAGAAAAACAGAAAGGACAAAUUGCUCUACUCAGUGUUUAAGAGUAGUUGGUAUCACUGAAUUUAGAAGUGUAAAUUCCUUUUUUUUGCACCUGAAUACACCACCGCCUGAGCAGUACCUGAUGUCAGUAGCAGUUCAUGUAUUUGUGCAGCUGCAAAAUCUUUUGAUAUCCAGGUGCCACAGGAAACCAUCACUGGAUUACAGUAUUUUUUCUGACAAACGUAAAAGAUUCAGUCAGCCUAAAAGUAUUUAACACUUUCUACAAAGACAUGUUAUGAAGAACUCCAAUUGUCUUUUGAAAAAGGCGGAGUCACUAACCUGUAUCUUACUAAAAUGCAUACUACUUCCAACAUUUUUCAAGUAGGCAAGAUGAAUAUGGAGUGAGGAGGGAAGAAAAUGAUUCAGAGAAAAUUCAAGUUAGAAAGAGAAAAAAACCUCUUAUUUAUAGUUCAGAGAUCUGUGCUAUUUUAGUUCUUCAUUUAAAUAACUAUUUUAAAUUAUAAAUUUCAAGCCUAUUGCAGAUAUCUUGCUCUUAUUUUCUGAAUACAGAAAUAUGAAAGAAUAAGGUAAAAAAAGAUAUUAAAUAGUGAUUUAAUUUGUUCAGAAAGCAUUGAGUGAUAUGUAUCUGCAUGGAAUUACAUAGCUCAGUUCUACUUGAAAAUUCUCCUAACUGGAAGAAAACAUGCAAGAUCCUCACCCAUUUUAACAGCCGUCAUAAAAUGGAUGUUAAACUUAGCAGCAACAGUUCAUCAGCAGCUUCCCAACACUGGCAUCAAUAUAAUAAUUUGUAUUAGAUAUGAAUGGGGAAAACAUUUUUAAUGCUGUAUUUGAAUGAAGGUUAGAAAUAGUUAAAUGCAAUACACCGAAGAUGCCACUCACAGAUAUGAUAACUGUUUCAGGGGAGAGGGAGGAGGGCAAACUUCCCACUGCAUGAUGAAAAAUAUUAAAGUAUUAAGUAGAAAUAUUUGAAGAAAUUAAGGCCUGGAACUAUAGCUUUCAACAAAGAUGAUGUCAGUUCUGUGUAUUCCUGCACAAGAAAACCAAAGUGCUGCCUGGGACUUCUGAGCAUUUCCACAACUCAAACAGUAAGAGGAAGCUAUUCAAAGUCAAAAGAGUUUCAGUGUUAACAGCAAUGAAAACAGACCAGAGCCUUUAUCUUAAUCAGUUGCUUAGAAUGAACUGAUACAGAUUUAUCAUCUUUUCUCCCUCUGUGGUUAGAGCCAGAGUCACACAUUACUGAUGUAUUUUCAAAGUCCCACACAUGGGCAAUAAUAUUGCAAAUAUUUUGAGGGAAGGGAUUUCCUGUAUUUUGCCAAUGCUGUGCUUCAGGUUCAUGAGUCACUAAGAAAAUAUGGAGAAAUAUUUAUUUUUGUGCUUUGAAUAAGAAGUCUUUUGUGACAAUAUAAAAAUGGGGAAGUCGUUUCUAAGUUUAUUAUUACUAGCCUAUUUAUUAAGAAUUACAAACUUUGAAACAGUUGAAAUACUUAGAUGGAAACAUGACGUUAUCUCCAGUAUUUUCUGCAAAUGUUCUGUCAGCAUCCUAAUUGUACUCCCGUCCUGUAUGAUGAAAUGAACUCCAGCUCUCUCCAUAAAUGAAAUAGCAAUAAGAAAAAAUCGAAAUGCUAUUUAUUCAGCAACUGACUCUUAGCCAAAAUGAACUACUAUUUACUGUGAUUAGAGGUAAUUUUACACAUAUACUAAGCACUUGUAACAUUUGAAAGCCUGAGAUUUGCAUUAUCUUGUAGGCUCUUGUAAUUUUUUUAGCUAUAUACUGACAGAAUUAAACACGGGCAUUUACAGGAAAAAAAAUAAUUUUGAUAAGGCUGAGAUAAGCAAAUAAAACAAAAUAAAUACAAUAUUAAAGUUGCUAAUGCUCUAUUCGCAACAAAAUCCUUAUAGUAAUGUGCUCUCCUUUCCUUUCUAGCAACAUGUAAUUCUCUGCAGGGAUGUCAAGGGGACCAUUCUCUCAAUUUUCCUAGCAAGCCAACAUCUGCUAAAUGCAGCAUGACAUGCUGUUUACCUUUGUUGUAAAGUUGAGGCUUUUCCAUUUAAGAACGGUAUAAAUGAAUCAGUAUUCAUUCACACCUAUGCUUAGAAGUGUCCAUUACAGAGCAGAGAGUGCAGCUUUUUAAUCUCCUCCUUAUUCUGAUUUUAUGCCAUAUUCCUCUGCACUGAUGCUGUUUGGAAUUGCCCUAGAUAUAUUAACAAAUGCAAGGAAAGUAAAACCAAAAACAGUGGUGAUUUUCCCCUCAUUUUCUGCAAGUAUUUCUUGACAAAGGUGAUAAAAAUGCAGAGGUAAAAGGUCUUGCCUUGCAUCUUCUUUAAACUCAGUAGUUUAACAAACUGCUUCAAAACAAAAGUUUUGUCCUCUGCUCCAAAAACAAGAUGACAAAAUCCCAAGCUACAUAUUUAGAUUUGCCUUCUAAAAACCUGUGCAAUAUUUACUAACUUGUAUUCAAUGGGAGAAUUUCCAAGGGAAAUAGUAGGGGGUUGUCUGUUUUGUUUUGAUUUUUAAAAAUGUAUAUACAUUUCUCAUCUGCUGAAAGGAAAUCUACCUUCAUCAGGAAAAGAACAGGUGAAAAGACUAAUUAACAUUAAAAAAUGCAACCACCCUU